CUCUACCGCCCCCGCCUCCAGGAGAGGCUCUACCGCCCCCGCCUCCAGGAGAGGCUCUACCGCUCCCGCCUCCAGGAGAGGCUCUACCGCCCCCGCCUCCAGGAGAAGCUCUACCGCCCCCGCCUCCAGGAGAAGCUCUACCGCCCCCGCCUCCAGGAGAGGCUCUACCGCCCCCGCCUCCAGGAGAGGCUCUACCGCCCCCGCCUCCAGGAGAGACUCUACCGCCCCCGCCUCCAGGAGAGGCUCUACCGCCCCCGCCUCCAGGAGAGGCUCUACCGCCCCCGCCUCCAGGAGAGGCUCUACCGCCCCCGCCUCCAGGAGAAGCUCUACCGCCCCCGCCUCCAGGAGAAGCUCUACCGCCCCCGCCUCCAGGAGAGGCUCUACCGCCCCCGCCUCCAGGAGAGGCUCUAC